GACUCUUUCCGGGUGGUGUUGCGCGCAAAAUCGUGACGUGCACAUAUCAGACUCCUCCGCAGCAAACGCAACACCUCCACGCCACUGCAUCUCCCGCGCCCACGGUACUAUCCAGGUGAGUUUGUUAGCUAUCUCGUGUUUCUUAUUUAUUUAUUAUGUCCGGGAUCUGGGCAUGGUACUCCCAUUACCUCCUGCACCCAUUCCAAGCCGGUGCAGUUUGUCUCCCCAGCCUCUACAGUAUGCCCACGCACACUGCUCCUCAGGUGCUCUUCUAUCUAUAUCUUUGCUGCCACGCACUUGGUUCCACUUUGCCUUAGGGGUUUCGCCAGAUCUGGAUAUCAUGGCCGAUUCAUCAGACUUAAAUCUCGACGCUCCCAGCGACCUUCAGGAUCUUCCUGAUUUGUCGAUGGAGCUUAUCCCCCCCCAGGAAGGGACUUAUCCUGAUAGAGCCUCUUUGCUAGCCGCUGUGCAGGCACACGGUAAAGCCCAUGGCUAUAACAUUGUUGUCAAAUCAUCCAGUACACCUACAGAGAAAAAGCCAGGCAGAGUCGCAAAGGUGUGGCUGCGAUGCGAUCGCGGUGGCCAGUACAGACCCAGAAAUGGGCUCACUGAAGAAACGCGGAAACGGAGGCGGACUUCGCGGCUCAUGGACUGCCCCUUCAUGCUUGUCGCUGCUGGACAUCCAGGUAUCUGGACGCUGACAGUUUUAAACCCGUCGCAUAAUCACGGCCCGAUAGUGGAAAAGCCCCGACAGAAUCCUCACCCUAAAGCCAAGAAGGGCCAGGUCACGGCCACUCCCUAUGACUGGCCUCAUGAUGCAUCAUUUACUCCAUUUACAACUGCGCUUGUGCUCAUUGAUAUGCAACGUGAUUUUUGUUCUCCAGGCGGAUAUAUGGCGUACCAGGGGUACGAUAUUACGCCAGCACAGCUCCUUAUUCCCAAGUUACAACGAUUACUCGAUGCAUUCCGUUCGGCUGGUUUUCCUGUGUACCAUACCCGUGAAGGACAUCGUUCUGACCUCUCCAGUGUAUCAAAUCGGGAAAGCUUCCGCUCAAAAAACAACCCGUCCGGUAUGGGUAUAGGCUCAGAUGGGCCUCUUGGUCGACUCCUCAUCCGCGGUGAGCCAGGACAUGACAUCAUCCCGGAACUAUACCCGACCAUGGGCGAACCCAUUAUCGACAAACCAGGCAAGGGGGCGUUCACAUACACUGAUUUUGAACUCCUGCUGCGGAAUAAGGGUAUUAAAAACCUUGUGCUCGCAGGCGUUACUACGGACGGUUGUGUUUCCACUACCAUGAGAGAGGCAAAUGAUAGGGGCUUCGACUGUAUCUUGCUCGAGGAUGGCACGUCUGCGGCUGAUCCCUCACUCCAUAUGAGCACGGUUGAGUCCGUGAAGAUGGAAGGGGGUGUUUUUGGAGCGACUGCUAAGCUCGACGAUAUGAUACAAGCAGUCGAGAACUUCAAAGCGGUAACCGUGAAAAAGCUUGCGCCGCAAAUGUCAAAUGUUGCCACAUGAAAGCGAAAAGAAACAAAACUCGUAAACAACUUCAUGGUGUAAAUUAUAAACUUUGAAACUCCGCCUGCGACUUUAGCGUGUACUUGGAGACCGGAGUUAUUAAGGCGCCAACCCGUUCCUACCUUUUCAUUCCUUCUAUUCUUGCUUCUUUUUGCGGAGGGGAUAAUUUGUUUCUUGUUGGAUAGUUACGUCGUUUUCGGGAUAUUCGGAAUAUGGUCUUUCUUGAUGUUUCCAGCCUUUUGUUUUAUGAAGUUAGAUUCUCCUACUUGUGUGUACGUUAUGUGGAAGCCGUCUCUAUUAUCAUUUCCCUGAACUAUUCUAUUGCAACUCUCCCCCUUAUGUUUCUGGAUUCUAUCCUCUCUGUCCCCCUGCCUGCCUUGGCUUGGUUGAAGCCGUUGUUUGGCUUAUCACAUCCUAAGCAGUUGCACACGGCUCGAGGGCUUAAGUGACCCCUCUAUGGUCAAAUUAGUUAUUCCGCCAACAAGAAUUGGCUGAUUUGGUGAAACAGGAAAUAUAUAUAUAUAUAUAUGAACACUAGAUAACUUGGGUAUCAUAACGCAACUCUCGCGUAACACCAAACAUGCGCUACCUUUCUC